AGAGCCUGCAUCCGGGAUUUAAAUAAUUCGAUCCCGCUCGCUGUCGACACCGCCGCCGCGAAUCAAUCCUGCCGCCCCUCGCUGCCAUUGUCCCAACCUCGUACCUACGGAUUCUCCCACGGACUGCCUAACCACCCUCACACCCCUCGCCUGUCCCCUUCCCGCCUACCUACCUACCUAGCUAGCUAGCCGACCUCCCUCCCCGUCUUUAACCCCACGCACGACGCCGCCAUGGCCGCCGAGGACGCCGCAGCGCCGCGCAUCACCGUGUUCCGCGGGUGGGACGCGGCGGGGGCGCACGUGUGGUCGCCGUACGUGGUGAAGCUGGAGGCGCGGCUGCGGUUCGCGGGGGUGCCGUACACCGUGAGCGGCGGGUCGCUGCGGGCGGCGCCGCGCGGCAAGAUCCCCUACGUCGAGUUCCGCGCCGAGGGCUCGUCCGCGCCGGCCCAGCGCCUCGGCGACUCGGCGCUCAUCGCGCGCGCGCUCGUCGACCGCGGCGUGCUCCCCGACCUCGCCGCGCCGCUGCCCCCGCCCCGCCGCGCCCUCGACCUCGCGCUGCGCGCCCUGCUCGAGGACAAGCUGUAUUUCUACCACACCUGGGAGCGCUGGUUCGGCAACUACUACGCGAUGCGCGACCACGUGCUGGCGGCAGUGCCGUACCCGGUGCGCGUCGUGGUCGGGUACCUCGUCUACCGCACGGUCACGGCGACGCUGCGCGGGCAGGGGACGCUGCGCUUCGCGCCCGAGGAGAUCACCGCGUUCCGGCGCGAGAUCUGGGACGGGUUCAGCGCGCUGCUCCUCGCGUCCCGGUCCGAGAGCGCCAGGGGCGCCGCCGAGCCUUUCUGGGUCCUCGGCGGCGACCAACCCACCGACGCCGACACGACCUUGUUCGGCUUCGUCGUCUCGGUCCUCGUAUGCACCGCCUGCCCCGACUCCCAAGAGGUCGUCAAGAGCUUCCCCGUCCUCCUGGACUACGCGAGCCGGAUCCACGACCGGUACUUCCCAGAUUACGAGAAAUGGACGGUGUGACGUGCACCCUGUCGUCGACGGAAAAGGUGGGGGUUGCCGCCGUGCUGACUGGACUUAGGGAGUGUGUCUGCUGCGGCGAGAGGGACGGGAAUGGGAGUCGCGGGACACGAUAGGGGAGAGUAUGCUUCCUGCGGGUGGGCAGUGGAAGGCGAAUGAUAUCCCGCUUUCAACGC